AUGUCAAUCACGUUCGGUGCCGUUGGUGACAUAAUAUCGGUUGCUUUGUUGGCGAAAGAUCUUAUUGCGACGCUCGACGAGGCCCGCGGGUCUAAAGCUGAAUAUCGCGAUGUUGUCCAGGCUAUCAACAAUCUGAACGAAAUCAUCGACACAGUGAAUACAUAUGUCAUUCAGCCGGGACUUGUUACACCAGAUGCACUCCUGAGCGUUAAUCGAAAGGAGAUGAACGAAAAGCUCGACGGAGCUCAGCUCAGAAACGACAUUACCACUACUUCACAACAUGCGGCGCUUGAUGACAUCAAAGAUGGCAUGAAAACUGCCAACAUGAACAUCGAGGCCGGCACUUCGAUGUUAACCAAGGUUUCAGAAGCACUCAAGUUUGACUGGAUUCGUCAGCUAGGUUGUGAGAUCAAAGGCAAGAUGGAAAGUGUGAUGGUGAUCAACUUUGCGAUCUACGAUGCCAUCACCCGCUUGCAAGAAACCCUCCCCAGGUACCUGGAGCGAGGCAUUUCGGAAGAAUUGAUAACGCUGGAAGACCCCAUUGGCCGUGUCGCGCCUUUCUCUUUGCAAUGGAUUACCUCUUGGGAUGCUUUCCAUUCCGCACUUGAGCUGCGUUUCCAGGACAUGCCAGGCCAGAGCAAGAUGAGAAGGCGUCAGUACGCCUUGCAAGCCAGCGGUACGGGAAGAGAGAUCGGAUUGUCCCGUCCAUGGCACGCAGCUUUCAGACCUGGUCAACGAAUUGAAAUGAGCUUCAUCUUCAAUCAAGAUGCCGCUGGCGAGAGCAAUAGCACUACAUGUCCAGGAUGCCACACCCAAUCGAAGUAUUCCAGCGAUGCUGAAAUAGAAUGCAUGACAUGUCAGAUUCGGUUCCGCAGAAUAACCGCGAUUCAAGAUGAUGAACUUCCGCUACAGGCCACGGCCUCGUCGCCAAAUCUGCCUAAGAAGGGGUCAAUGAUUCCACUAAAAGCUGUGAUUACCGCAGAGCAGGAUCAGGGGCAGGAUCAGGGUUCAUACGCCGAUGCAGAGCAUGAAGAAGAGGACAUUACAAGUUUCAAGCGAGUGCGGAUUGUGUCCAAGAGGAAACUUGUUGGUAAACGUGGGAACAUUUCGCCUGACAAGGCUUUGCCAGAGCGCUUCAUGGACCCGAGGGGUCUGACGAAUGAUGAUUUCGAAAAGAUGUUCGGACCAUUGAGUAUAGAUCAAUUGCAUGAACAGGUCGGUCGGAGAGCAGGCGAGCAAGGACCGAGAUACGCACCAGCAAGACUCAAUACCGUGCGAACUGUACUCAAAAAUAAGAAGGAGAGGGAUAGGAUAAAGGCAAAAUUGGCUAAUGAAACAACUCCACCUACACAAAGAGAAUUGGAGCUAUGGCGAGAACUGAACUCUGCGUCAGCGGCUCCCCAUAUUGGCCAGACCAUUCACCUUGGGAACCACGACCAGGAAAGCAAGCGCUGA